UCCAGCAUGGCUCUUGUGCAUGAUACGACUUACAACUCCUCCAUCAAGGAACACUUGGAGGCGGGAAUGCAAGAGCUUGCGCUCCUCGCCGGGCUUCUGCUCCUCCCAUGGUCAAAUAAGGAGGAGAUGUGUGCUAAAACCCGCGGCCAUGUCACCAAAGGAUCGAAUCAUUUUUCCGAGGCUGAGCAGAGUCUCGAGUCUCGCCUGCGGCUACUCGAUUCCCAGUCAGAGGCCCUGAUAGCAAUGAAGAAACUCAUGCAAGAUGACCUGCAGGAGAAGAAGGAGGACUUAGCAGACCUCGGAACCCAGAUCGUUGCCCUCAAGGAAACUGAGAAGAAGUCCCAGGAAAUGCUGGAAACAGCGGGGCUGCAUCUGGAACAUACAGAGGAGCAGCUGAGACUGGCUCGUGAGGGAGUGGCAAGGAACCGUGCAGGCCGGGAAAUCGGCCUCCAGAUGAUGGCCCUGCCAGGGCUUGGGUCGUUCAUUGGUAGGUCAUCCCCUGAGCCAGCAAGUCUUGAACCAGAAGUGGUACCUUCAAGAUACCAGAACAUCUCACCCCAACCCAUUCCCUCAAUACCCCUAGAUGAAAUUCUCACUGAUUUGUCUAUCCUUUUAGGAGCUAGCAUGGCUAUUGGUUAUCAAGCGGCCUUGGACUCAGCGGAGAAACUAGUAAUUGAGGCACAACAGGCUGUGGACCUCUGCACAGCAGAAGUGGCUGGCUGCAGGGACAAGAUAGCAUGCCUCUCCCGAAAGCAGCAGAAGGUGCAAACUGGAAUCAACUCCGCAAAUCAGAGGAUCCCCCAGAUUGAAGCCCAGUGUGGUGAGCUGCUUGCUCUCCAGAGGGAGGUGACAGUGCAGCAGUCCUGGAUCAGAAGCUGCCUUUCCCUGUUGGAUCUAUUGGUAGGCAAGAUUCACACGGCUGAAGUCAUGUCCAGCUACGCCUGUGUCCCUGAGUUCCUGGUGGGUGUCUUAGAGGAAAUCGCAGCCGUGGUGGGAGGGAAGGAUGGAGCAGCAUUCCAUGGUGAUAAGGAACUCCAGGCCUCCGUUCUGGAAAUCAACAAAGCUGUGAAUUCUCUGAGAGCCAGGGCAGGGAAGAAUGUGUCCAUUGAUGAUUAACCUCUCCGUGGUCUCUCCGAUCAAAAUUAUUUUAAACAGUACUGGCCUGUACCUGUUUUCCCAUUCCAUUUCCCCAUUUCUGAUGUGUACU